AUGGCGGCGACUGGGAGUACAAUAAAUUCAGAUUCGCAUGCGAAACCUAAGUCAAGAACGGCCGUAAACGGACGUUUUGCAUUUGAAGACUUGAGAGAAAUUACACCCGAGACUUUGGAAUUUGGAAUUGGCGCCCCUUCUUUCGCAAUGAUGGCCAAAUUAAAGCCAUUGUUAGCCGAAGCGACCAAACAACGUAUGGUGUGUUACAUUUUGUACUUUAUUAGUUUAAUUUAAGUUGUUUGUUGUUGAAGUGCUGCUUAUGCAUUUAUUUGUGGAGAAAUGUGUCGAGUUAGCUAGGCAGAUAUUAUAUUUGAUACCAACUAUUGUUAAAUGCUAUUUUAGGCGUCGUAGUUCAUAAAGACAGGGUCAAAUAUUAGUAUGUGGGCCAGGGUGCAUUCGGUGUAGUGAGUCUAAUAGGAAGAUCUUCGGUGUAGAGUUACAGUAAGCCUUGGCGUACUGGUGGACAAUCAUCUUUCUAGGCAUAGUGGCGUAUGCUGUUUUUAACUUGGCGGCGCAUAAUUACUAACUAAAUACAUCAAAAGUUGUAACAGUGGAAUUUUUGCAUAACUAACUCAUACACUCUGGCGUGGGUGAGAGUCUGCAGAAUGGGUCAGGGUGGGAUGUUGGAGUAGCGUUGCGACUGCUUUGGCGUAUCUUCGGCGUUUUGCACGCUUAAUAUCUCGGUUGCACGACACAAACUUUCCACACUGGGAUAUGGCAAUAAACUGUAAUUCUGUAAAUACCAGUAUUGAAUCUAAUUGUUCUAAAUGUUGAAAGGAUUAUGAAGAAUUUGGUUACAUGUUUCAAUAUGGAGCAUUACGAGGAGAUCACGUGUUUGUGCAAGAGCUUGCUAAGUUUCUCUCUCAAAGAUACCAAGAUCCUGUGAACAGGUUAGGACAUGAAUGGUUAUCUAAUCAGAAUAAAAUCACAAUUACAAUAGUUUGGUUAGGUCAGAUCACCAUGGACACCAUCCAGUUGGAAAGUUGCAAAACAUGCAAGUGAAAUUAAAUUUCAUCAUCACCACAACCAUUUGAACAUGAUCAUCACCACCAUCAUCACCACCAUCAUCAUCAUCACCACCAUGAUCACCACCACAAUCAUCACCACCAUCAUCACCACUACCACCACCACCAUCAUCACCACCACCAUCAUCAUCACCACCACCAUCAUCACCACCACCAUCAUCACCACAACCAUUUGAACAUGAUCAUCAUCACCACCAUCAUCACCACCAUCAUCAUCACCACCAUCAUCAUCACCACCACCAUCAUCACCAUCAUCACCACCACCAUCAUCACCACCACCAUCAUCAUCACCACCAUCACAUCACCACCAUCAUCACCACCACCAUCAUCACCAUGCACCACCAUCAUCACCAUGCACCACCGUUGUCAUAACCAUUGGCAUCAUUUCACCAUCAUAAUCAUCACCAUCAUCAUCACUACCACUAUCAUCAUCAUCACCAUCAUCAUAACCAUUAUUAAUACCAUCAUCAUUACCACGACCAUCAAUAUCACCAUGAUUAUUUUAUUUUGCUUUCACAGUGAUGAUCUCAUGUGUACAUCUGGUGCAACAAAUGGUUUGAUGAUGUUGACAUGUACAAUGUUUAGACAUGGAGAUUAUGUUUUUGUAGAAGAUCCAACAUAUUUUCUUGCUAUCAAAACUUUUCGCGAUGAUCUUGGCCUGAAUGUUGUUUCUGGUCUGUAAAAUUUUCCUGACUUUGAUAGUUGAUAAGUGGUAAAAAUUGUCUGCCUCGAACUAGUGUAAAUCUGGCCAUUAAAUCAACGAAAAUCCUUACUGUUUUCCAGUUCCAAUUGAUAAUGAAGGUAUGAAUGUUGAAGCUCUGGAGCAGUUGAUUUUGGAGCACCAGGAGAAACUGGGAGAAACCAGCGAUAAACGACCAUAUCGUGCAAUGUUAUAUACCAUUCCUGUUUUCAAUAAUCCAACAACUGUAUCUUUAUCACCGGGUCAGUCCUACUUGCUUCUCUAAUCUUAAACUAUGCCGUAACUUUAUUUAUACUGGAUAGAUUUAUCAGUUCUAAACUGUUCUCCCUAGAGGUCCAGUAAGGGUCAUCCCUUAUUGAUGCAGUGUUACUACAGAAGGAAUCCUAAAAGUUCAAAAAUCGAAACUAACUUUAUUUAUUCUGGAUAGCUUUAUCAGUUCUAAACUGUUAUAAGUGCUAAUUGCAUGUCACAAUUUUCUGGCUUUUGUGUAUAAUUCAAUCACCUGUAAAAUAGAACAAGUUUCGAACAUACUGUUGCCUUUUUAGAGCGCUGUACUGCAUUGAUCAAAGUGUUAAGAAAAUACAACAUUGUUGCUGUGUGUGAUGAUAUAUACAAUAUUAUCAAUUUCGAAUCAAAACCACCGCCAAGGCGACUCUUCAGUUAUGAUAAAAAGUAUGUAAAAUUAAUAUGAAUGUACAGGUCUCUCUUAUUUUAGAAUUCUGCAACUAAAGAAAUUAUACCCCCGUCACAGAGGCAUUACACUUCUAAUAACUGUCCCAAUGUCACAUCAACUUUAUUACAACAUGUAUGCAAGACGUACGUGGUGUGCUGACCAAACAGUAAACUUUUUCAAUUGCUCAUUUCACACUAUAUUAUUGUCUCUACUAGAUCUGACAGUGACUACAAAGGACAUGUUGUGUCAAAUGGAACAUUUAGUAAAAUAAUUGCACCAGGAAUGAGACUGGGAUGGCUUGAAGCUCCUGAAAUUGUUCUUGCCAGACUUAUGUUCAGGUUGGUUUAGGAAGCAGGUAUUAAUUCUUGUUUAUACUCAAGACGUUUUUGAAAUGUGUAGGGGAAUACACAUUGAUAUCAUCACUUGCCAGCAUCACCAGAUUCACGACCAUGCAUGACCACCAUUGUCACCACCAUUGCUAUCACAACCACCAUCAUCACCAUAUCAUUACCAUUAUCAUCACCAACAUUACCAUGACAACCACUAUCAUCACCAUAUCAUUACCAUUAUCAUCACCAUAUCAUUACCAUUAUCAUCACCAACAUUACCAUUAUCACAACCACCAUCAUCGCCAUAUCAUUACCAUUAUCGCCAUCAUUAACAUGACAACCACCAUCAUCACCAUGACAACCACCAUCAUCACCAUGACAACCACCAUAUCAUUACCAUUAUCAUCACCAACAUUACCAUCAUCACAACCACCAUCAUCACCAUAUCAUUACCAUUAUCAUCACCAUCAUUAAUUAACAUGACAACCACCAUCAUCACCAUGACAACCACCAUAUCAUUACCAUUAUCAUCACCAUAUCACAACCAUUAUCAUUGCCACCACUACCAUCAUGACAACCACUAUCAUCACCAUAUCAUUACCAUUACCACAACAGCACCAUACCACUACCACCAUCACAAUUGCCACCAUCCUUAUUGCCACCAUCCUUAUUGCAAUCACCAACUGCCACUACACCCAAGCUAUAUUUUAUCACCAUAGUGCAAUAGUUGCAAGUGGAGGAGGUGUGAAUCAAUAUACAUCUGCUAUCAUGGGCACAGCUUUGAAGAAUGGGAUUCUUUCUCCAUAUUUUACAGAUAGUAUAAACACUUUCAAAGUAAGUAUUUAUUGCCAAACAUGUGGUCUAGUGUGGGUAGUAUUCUACUGACAAUCGGCUGACAUUGUUUGUGUUUGAACUACCUGAAAAAGAUAUUUCAAACGUUGUGGGUCCCGCAGACCUGGCAAAAGAGUCCUCUGAAAUCUUACCUGAAAUAUUCAAUGUCUACUUUUAGAGAAAAAUGGAGUUGAUGUGCAAUGCCCUUGAUAAAUAUGCAAAGCCAUAUGUCAAAUAUAAAAAACCUAUGGUAAAUUUAAUUUUCAAUUUCAUGCUAAGCAUGUGGACAUUACUGAAGUCCAGAAAUUUCACAUACGAGUAUGCAAAACUUGCAUUUAAAAAAGAGUGUUAUUUUAUCUUAGGGUGGAUUUUUCGUUUGGGUUGAACUGCCACCUGACUGUGAUGCAGAAGGUAUUGAAGAUAUUUAAAACAGUACAUCCCUCUGAUAAUUAUGACACAAAUACUUCCUUGGCGUGGGAGCCAGUUGCUCUCAUGAAUCAAGACGAAGGGCUAGUCUCUUGAGCACAUUUCGUGAGAAUGAGGCUACGGGGUCAAGGGUAGACCAAUAUUUAUAUCCGACAAAUUUCUCUAAUACGUUUUUAUUCUUCAGCUUUUCAGAAAUAUUGUAUAAAAAACUACAAAGUCAGUGUGCGACCUGGAACAUGGUAUGUUUCAUUUUGUGCAAUUUUAUGUGUUGAAACAUUUUUACUGCAUGGUUUCAAUAGACCCAAUCAACUAGCUGUCCCCAUGAGUAUGCAGCCAAGUUGUAAUUAGGGCCUGAAUUUCAGGUUAUGUCAGUUUCUACCCUAGGCACAUUUUUAGACAACUCACAUAGUCACAUGUCUAGUUAAUGCUGUUCUGAUAAUGUAAGCAUAGAAUAGAAGCAUGGUAUUCAACAUGCAUAGCACUUUGAUUCGAUCUAUUAUUUUUUAUUUUCACUUGUAGUUUCUCGCCAAAUCGGAAUUUUAAAAACUUUGUUCGACUAAGCUUCGCUUUUCUCGAGGAAGAAAGAAUAGACGAGGGUAUUCAAAGUAUGGCAACAGCAUUGCAGAAUUUUUUAAAACAAUAAAUAUUAAUUUAUAAUGAUCGAAAUAGCCAGCUCAAAGAGCGGAGUAAAAUAACAAAGUAGGGCACAUUAGGGCCAUUUAUACCAGAGUCAAUAGAAGCGAGGGACUGGUCUGGAAACUGUAUUGUUUAUCCAAUUAAAACUCGGUCAAAAGAAAAACACGGGUCACGUGACUAAAGUAGGUGCACAUAUUUGCAAUGCAAAUGGCGGAAGCACAUCAACAAAUGGGCUAUUCCAUUUAAUAUCCGUACCCCCCUGUCGAGGAUACAUGUUUUUCAUUGUCAUACCCCUGAAGAAUUCCAAGCUCAAAACUGUUUACCCCUGAAGAAUUCCAAAAUUCCAAGCUCAAAACUCUUUACCCCUGAAGAAUUCCAAGCUCAAAACCUUUUACCCCUGAAGAAUUCCAAAAUUCCAAGCUCAAAACCCUUUACCCCUGAAGAAUUCCAAGCUCAAAACCUUUUACCCCUGAAGAAUUCCAAGCUCAAAACCCUUCACCCCUCAAGAAUUCCAGGCUCAAAGCCCUUUACCCCUGAAGAAUUUCAAGCUCAAAACCUUUUACCCCUGAAGAAUUCCAAGCUCAACUGAAAAAUUUCAAUCUCAAACCUCUUCACCCCUGAAGAAUUCCAAGCUCAAAACCCUUUACCCCUGAAGAAUUCCAAGCUCAAAACCAUUUACCCCUGAAGAAUUCCAAACUCAAAACACUUUACCCCUGAAGAAUUCCAAGCUCAAAACCCUUUACCCCUGAAGAAUUCCAGGGAUCCUCGACAGGGGGGGUACGGAUAUUAAAUGGAAUAGCCCAAUUGUGGCUAAGGGGAUUUGUUAGAUUUUGUCGAUAAAUUACUUGGUGGUAAUAGCAAUAUAAUCGAAGAAGUCGCAGAAGAAAAUGAUAUUGCAAUCGAAGAGGUAAGAAUGUAAAUUAUUUUAUUGUUUUAGUAUUUCUACUACGCAUUUAUUAAUAGUACUUUAAUAGUGAAAUGCAAUCCCAAAUUUAUCAAUCUUUAUAUAAAAAGAUAAAAUAUUGCUAGAUAAUAAUGAUUUUAUCUAACUGGUUAAACAAUGAUAGCGAUAGUUUAAUACAGUGUGCAGCUUCUGAUACGUACUGUAUUAAAAAUAUAGUAUUUGAAUAAUUGUAUAUGAUAAUUGUUUUAAUAUUGUUUUAGUUAACAAAUGAAGCAAAGUAUUCUUGUGCUAUUUGUCACAAGAAAUACAAAACAAAAACUUGGCUCGUGAAGCACACAGAAUCUAAACACCAACAAAGUGGCGCAGAGACACAACUCAGAACGAAGCUGGAAGUAGAGAUUAUCUUCAAGCUGUUAAUGGAAGCCCAAAAAGAUAUUUCAAAAGAUGAUGCUAUUCAACUCUAA